UCACACAAACACACACAUAAUGACCGCUGUGCCGCUUCAGAACUUGCGCCUGAAUGGAGACCUGUAUGACGCAGUGUCUGUUGCUGAGGACGGUAACUGGAGACGGAUUCGUAACAUCCUCACCCCCUGCUUCACAUCUGGCCGUAUAAAAGAGAUGUUCGACCUCAUGAAACAUCAUUCUCGCAAGCUGACAGCCAGAAUGCAGUCCAAGGCGCACAAUAGGGAAGUUAUUACUGUAAAAGACUUUUUUGGAGCCUACAGUAUAGAUGUUAUUGCGAGCAGUGCAUUCAGUGUGGAUAUGGACUCCAUCAACAACCCCUCAAGUCCCAUGAUCACCCACGCCUCAAAGCUGUUCAGACUCUCCCUCCCUCUUUUCUUUUUCCAAGGGUUUUUCCCCAUAUUUCUUCCUCUCUUGGAACUGCUUGGUUUCUCCUUGUUCCCUAAGGAUUCUACGAAUUACUUUAAAAAGUUUUUGGACAAAGUCAGAGCGGAACGCAAUGAGAGCUCACACAAG